CGCUCUCCUCCUCUCCUCCCUGUUUUCCAGAGACGCUGCAGACUGUGUCCUCAUCAUCACGGCUCAAACUGAUCGUCUGCCUUCCUCUGCUUCUCCCUCUCCUCCCUGUCGAGCUCGUCUCCGGCGGAUCACCUGAAUCUACCGGAUAAGGACUCCCAAUGUCAUGAAGAAUGAUCUUCAAAAUUAUACAUGAUAAUCACUUUGGAUUUCUGCCACAUUGGAAAAAUAUGUGAAGAUAGGCCCCUGCUGUGCCUCUAAGGCUGUUUGAUGGGUAGCCCGACUUUUUUCGUAAUUGAUGCCGUGGAUGACUGAUUUUUAAAGUGCUCUUGGGGGUGUCAUAGACUCAGAGCGGCUUUCAUAAUGUGUGAGCGAGGAGAGCCCCUCGGUGAGGGGGAGUUAAGGAAUAACAACCGGCAGGGUGGCGUGUUGACUGAUAGCGAUGCCAAUGCCAAUGCAAUUCAGACAGAGGAUGGUGGGAGAACUGGGGAAACUGGCUCUCUGUCAGGAUUGAUGACUGAAACAGCAGAGCAGGAUAAAGUGAUCAUCUGGGGCACCGACUCUCAGUGUGACGAUCCCGAGCUGGCGGAGUUUGAGAUGCUGGAAUGUCAGGAGCUGGAGGCUUAUCUGGUUGAGGACGGGGAAGACUUUGUUGGGCUUGCAGAGCGGAAGGAGCUUCAAGAACAGCCGUCGUCGUGCAGAAAAUCGACAAUAGAGCAGGCAACAGAUAAUAAGAGCAGGCAAGAGGGGAAGUCAGUUCCACAUGGUGCCAGUGAACAGGAAUCCUCACACGUCUCUGAGAGCAGAGAGGCGUCCAGGACGGAGUUAAGCUCUGAAACAGAUGUCUUUGUGUCCUGUCUGUCCACUAUUUCAAGCUUAGCCACCGCUAUGGACACUACUGGCAGAACCCAGAUGACAGACUCCUGGCACAUGGCCUCUGGUCCUCAUUCAACUAUCUCAGAAGACAUGACUCUGGCUUCCCAGACUUGUGCCACCAUCUCUGAGAGCAAAAAGGCCUCUGCAAGAGCUGAUCAUCCAUCCUCAUUCUCUAGAAAAAGCACAAUACACCAAAAGGAUGUGAACCUAAAUUUGAAUUCAACACUUCUCCCGGAGGAGGUUGCUUCACAGGCACAAGUGAACAGUGGAGUUUUAUGCAAGGAUGUUGGUGAUGAGCACAGGAAGAACAAUAACAGAGCAGGGAAUGCCAUAUCGGUGGAUAAAUAUGAUGAUACUGAGCACAAGGUUUCACCCUCUGCAACAAAAACACAUGAAGAAAGCAACACUAAAAUGGAUAAAAGCACACAGGCUGAUGAAACCCCUGGUUUGAACUAUGGGCCACCCAAAACAGGUACAAAGGGGACUCAGUCAUCGGUUGAACCUAAAGUCAUAAAGAAGCAAGGCUCAUUUGAUAACACAUUGAAGAAACAAAACUCUUUUGACAGGAGUUAUAAAAAGCAGCCUUCGUUUGAGAAUACUUUAAAGAAGCAGCUCUCUUUUGAUAACAGCUUAAAAAAGCAGGGCUCCUUUGAGAACACCAACACCUCCAGCUCUUCAAGUCUGGAGAGGAGGAAGCCAUGGGGAAGCCCCAGUCGACCAGCAGCUCCCUCGUCCCCUAAAACUACCUCCUGUUCCCCCAAGAGACGUCCUCCUGGUUCUCCAGCCAAGGUCCAGGGCAUCAGGGCAUUGAGCUUGGAGCGCAGUGACUCCCCUCUUAGAGAUGCAAAUCAAACUGUCAAGCCACCGGGGAAGACAAGUUUGAGCAGCGGCAUCCCCAAACCUGUCAUACCCCAACAGAAGGAGGCAGAACCCAGGAGAUCUUCUCCCCCACAGAAGCCCAAAAAUGUCCGACCAAAAAUCAUUACUUACAUUCGGAAGAGUGCUCCAGCAAAACCCGAAGCUCCACAUGAAGCCUCUACACACCCACCAAGACUAUCCUCUUAUUCCAACCCACCAGCCCACAAAGAUCCAAAGGGUGGUCCACAACCGAAAUCCACCCCGGUGCUCUGUUCCUCCAACCUGCUGUUUGAUAAAUAUCGACAGGAGAUGCAGAAAGCAGGUUACUAUCCUCCAGGCAUCACUGCGACUGGGAUGAAACCUCCAAGCAGCAGCGUCCCUCAGAGGCUGGGUGGGAAGUCGGACAGCUUUCAUGAAGAGAUGUCAGAGAAAUAUCUGCAGGAGCAUGUUCCCCAGGAUGGAGGAAGUGUCUACCGCUCACCCAGAACACUGAGGCCUCAGCUGGGGUUAGGGGCCGUCACCAGGCAGCCUGCAGCCAAGACAAGAGUUCAGCCGAUGGGUCAGAGGUCAACACCAGCAACAUGCCAAUCUGCUCAGACAGCCAGAGCAGGUCAGGAUCUCACAGCAGAGCAAAAGAGGCCAGGCCCAGAAACGACCCGAAGAGUCUCCUGCUCAAAUCAGGCCAGUCUGGUCUCCGUCCUCCGGGCUUCUCCGCCCUUCCAGCUGCCCGUCUGGCUGCCUUCGGCUUUUGUCCGGAGCUCCAGCGUGUCGUCUGUGUCCAGCAACCAGUCUAAUGACAGCAGCCACAGCGAUCCAGCCGACCUUCUCAGCAUCCCAGCAGUGGCAGUGAAGACGCUCCUCUUCAGAAAGCCACAGCACCGCCCAGCAAAGCCCCCCAUCAUCAGAGCCGGCCUCAGCCUCCCAACGCCCCCAGCCUCCAGCGCCGCAGUCUGCCGCCACAGCCCUGCUCCCCACUGGCCUCAAGAAAAGAUUUGCACAAGGACACAGAGCCUACGCCGUCACCAAAAUCCUCCCCUAAAAGAUUUGCAGUGGUUUCACCAAAACCACAGUCCCCCGUUUGUGGUCGACCAGCAGCAGUUCACGGUGCCGUUCGGACAGACAGGACGCAGGAGUUGGACCGAGCUCUGAUCCAGCAGCUGCGUGAGCGCUGUGAGCAGCAGGCCCUGCAGCUGCAGAGCCUCCAGGCCGAGUUAAAGAAGGCCUCGCUGUGCCUGGAUGUCUUCAGCAUCACCACCCAGCACUUCUGU